CACAGCAGCCAGCUCCCCAUCUCGUCUGUUUACCCUCCCGCUGCAUCUGGCGGUGCCUACGCUCCGUCGCCUUACAAUACCGCUCUAGUUCCCCCACAACUCUUCUCCGCCCAUUCUCAUACGAGUGGUUCCCCUCCCAUUCCUCAUACCACCACUAUCGUCGACCCGAAUCUUCCAGAGGAUGUUCAGCAAGCCAUGCAGGCAGCGUAUGACUCAGUCGAAUGGGCUAACGGCGACAACGUACCCGCAGAAAUUCUAAUGCCCACUGUUAAAAAGCUGGGAAGGGACUCUUGGGAGGAUUUAGAUGCACAUUCGAGAACUGUGAUAGUGCUUUUGGACGGAAAGGUGACCUUGAACGCCAUUCCCAGCUCCACCGCAAAGACAACCUGUCCCGCCAUAUCAGGUCUUGCAAGAAGGCGCCUCAAGGUGCUGCCUAUCAACAAGGCUAUAAUGAGCACCCAUCUCAAUACAAUACCUCUGAUCAAGUGGCUUCUUCUUCUCGCUCACGAAGGAAUGAUGCAAGUGUAUAUUCACAAUAUCCUCGAGUAUAUACUUCUGCGUGAUGUGGUUAGAAGCCGCUUUUCCUCUGACGGAGGUGCUGACAGGCUCAUGCGGUUUGGGGAAUCAAUUCCGUCCCUCAUGGAAAACGAGUAUUUGGCGAUGCCAUUUCUUCCUUCCCUCUCUUUUAAGUUCAAUAGUCGGGUUUCAAUUCUAGUGUCUUUCGAGAUGAAUAUGUCUAUAUUGAGAUACACUUUCUGGUGCCCAGAGAUGGAUAACGACAACCAUUUGCAAAAUAGGGACUGGGCACUUCCCUCUCAGAGCGGCGUUGACCCAAUAUUGGAAGGUAUCAGAACAGCCUUUAAAAACGCUCAGCUGGUUGAAUGA